AGGCGGACGACCUUCAUCCCCUGAUCUGCGAGUCUCCUGCCGUUCACCGGCCUAUCAGCAGCUCUCCCGUCAUUUGUUAGUUAAUUAAUGAGCGCCGAGCGGGCCACUUGUCCGGACGAGAUCGGGACAGAAAGGGGAUCAGAGUCACAAGAAGAAGUGUCGGAACCCGACACGUGGCAGCCGAAACGAGCGCUGAUGGCAGGAGCGGAGGCGGACGGCCAUAGCGAGGGUGGCUGCCGAAAUGGCGGGAGAAGGAGAGGGAACAACGCCGCGGAGAUAGGCGUCGGGAUUGGGCUUGGGAUCCGCACCCAUGGAGGAGGAGGAGGAGGAGGAGGAGGAAGAGAAAGCGAACUUACGGAUGGCCGGCACGACGAUGCUGCCGUGGGUAUCUCUGUCCAGCAGGUGAAGGACGGUCGCAGCAGCCUCAAGGAGAGGAUUUCUAUCGCUGCUGAUGGCCAAGAAGGCGAACUUUCUGGGAACUGUCAACGUCAAUGCCACGUGGCGGACGAUCGCAGAGACCUCAAGGAGAAGAUUGCUGUCGCUGACGACGGCGGCGCUGAUAAUGGCCAAGAAGACGAACUUUCUGGGAACUCUCAACGUCAAUGCCACGUGGCGGACGAUUUCAGAGACCUCAAGGAAAAUAUUGCUGUCGCUGGCGAUGGCGGCACUGAUAAUGGCCAAGGCGGCGAACUUUCUGGGAAGUCUCAACGUCAAUGCCACGUGGCGGACGAUCUCAGAGACCUCAAGGAAAAGAUUGCUGUCGCUGGCGACGGCGGCGCUGCUGAUGACCAAGAAGGCGAACUUCCUGGGGAUGCUCAACUUCAAUGCCACGUGGCGGACGAUCGCAGCCGCAAGGAGAUGGCUUUGGCCGGCGAUGGCGGAGGCGCUGAUGGUCGGCAGGGAUGUCUGCCCAACGCGAAGCUGCUAACGCUUGUCAUCGUGGAGAAGAACGGGAGACUCCUCCUCGGCAGAAAAAAGCGCGGGUUCGGAGAAGGCUACUACAAUGGAUUUGGUGGGAAAGUCGAAGAUGGGGAGAACAUCAGGGAAUCGGCUGCGAGAGAGCUGGAAGAAGAAGCACUCAUUAAACCCCUAGACAUGAACAGACGGGGAAUUUUGAUUUUUCAUUUUGAUGAUAAACCACUACCUUGGGAGGUGCACGUUUUCCACGUGGCAGAUUAUGAAGGCGUGCCUGGCGAAACGGAAGAGAUGGCGCCUGAGUGGUUUGAGAAGGAUGACAUUCCCUUUGAGAAGAUGUGGGCAGAUGAUCGCUUCUGGUACCCGGAGUUUUUGAACGGUAGAAAGUUUUGGGGAGAGUUCUAUUUCCGGAACACUCACAUCUUGGAGCAUCACAAGUUGGACACAUUUUAAACUCUUUUUUUUUUUUUUUUUUUUUUUUUUAGGUAAAGGCU